AUGUCUUUGAGCACGGUUGAGACAGAGACGCGUCUCACUAGUUACGCCGGCGCCGACUUCGAAUUCUACCAUGUUGUUAGCGAAUUCCAGGGUCGCGGCGAUGCAUAUACCGCGCGACUGGGCGGUGUCUCGGCCAGUCCCUCACUAAUCAUUUACCAACCUCCCCUUCUCAGCCACACCUCGCUCACUCCCCGACGGGCACCUCCCAAAUCGGACGUGCCCGGGGUUUCUUCCUACAUACCGCUCAGCAUCGACCCCGUUCUAGUUCGGCGACAUUUCGGCAGGGUGCGGAUGCAUCCGGUGAUCCGUGAUGCGCGCCCGUGGAGACGCGCCUCGCUGGGCGGCAAGGACGCAUCGUCGCGUGGCUGUGCUGCACGUCGCCUUUCGCCGUCCUUCCUCCUUCCCCCUCCUCCUCCUCCCCGCUCUGCCCAGGCAGACGAUAGCGACUAUACGGUGUCACCGACCUUCCCUCCUCCGAAGUCCCCCGACUUCGACCUCGAUCCCGCCCUACACCCACCUUCCCGACUGCACUCACAACAAACACCGCACGAGGACGUUAAUACGGACGUCCUCAAUACGGAGAUUGGAAUAUGGGGCUGCGGCGAUGUACCGCAGCACAUAUUGGCCGAAGACGUCGCCCCUGACGUCCUCUCCCGCGCCGCUCGCCCGCGCCAUCCGCCUCCGCGUCGCCCUCCUCCUCCUCCUCGCCCUGCGCCGCCUGCCCACGCAGCUCACCCACGCCGCCCUCCUCCUCCUUGCCCUUCUCAGCCCGUGCCUGCCGCCUUCCUCUGCCCGUGUCAACCGCCUCCUCCGCAUCGCCCUCCUCCUCCCGCGUCACCGCGCUCUUCCACACCGCGCUCCUCCGUGCCGCGCUCUCCACGUACCUUCCUCCGUCUCCACGCUGCCCUUCUCCUCGUCGCCCUCCUCCACCCUCGUCCCUCCUCCACACAACCCUCCUCUGCCCGUGUGCUGCCCUCCGCCCGCGCGCCGCCCUCCGCCUGCGUCGCCCUUCAUCCGCCUCCGCCUCCGGACGUCGCCCUCCCCCGCCUUGCCCUCAUCCGCUCACGCUUCCCUCCCCCACCUCGCCUUUCUUCGCCCGUAUCGCCCGUCUGCGCCGCUCGCUCACGCUGCCCGCGUCGCCCUCGUCCUCGUCCUCGUCCAUUUCACCCCGCAUCGCCCGCCUUCACACUGCCUACCGCCCGCGUCGCCCUCCUCCGUGUCACCCGCCUCCGCCCGCGUCGCCAAUCUCCGUCUCUGCGUCACCCUCCUCCACGCGUUGCCCACCUCCGCCCGCGUCACCCUGCGCCUCCUCCGCUGCGUCUCGCCCUCCACAUCGCCCUCCUCCACCUCAGCCUCCGCGUUGUCGCGGGGCUGUAG